AUGUCCCAAAAUACAACCCAGAAGCCGCUCCCCUUCGGCUACCAGUUCGCUGCUGGUGCUGUUGCCGGUGUGUCGGAGAUUCUUAUCAUGUACCCGUUGGAUGUGGUCAAGACAAGAGUUCAGCUCCAGACCAACGUCGCCGCUGCAAGCGAAGAGGGAUACAAUGGCAUGUUUGAUUGCUUCCGCAAAAUCAUCAAGAAUGAGGGCCCCUCUCGCCUAUACCGCGGAAUCUCCGCCCCCAUCCUAAUGGAAGCCCCCAAGCGCGCCACCAAAUUCGCCGCCAACGACAGCUGGGGCUCCUUCUACCGCAACCUCUUCGGCGCCGAGAAACAAACUCAAUCCCUCGCAACUCUAACCGGUGCCACCGCAGGAGCCACAGAAGCCUUCGUCGUGGUUCCUUUCGAACUCGUCAAGAUCCGUCUGCAAGACCGCGCCUCGGCCGGUAAAUAUAACGGCAUGUUCGAUGUAGUCAAGAAGAUCGUCGCGACCGAGGGCCCCCUGGCCAUGUAUAACGGCCUCGAGUCUACUUUGUGGCGCCACAUCCUGUGGAAUGGAGGAUACUUCGGCUGUAUUUUCCAGGUGCGCGCACAGCUGCCCCAGGCUGAGCCUGGUAACAAGGCGCAGCAGACCCGCAACGAUCUGAUCGCUGGUUCUAUCGGUGGUAUCAUGGGUACUGUGCUGAACACGCCCAUGGAUGUUGUCAAGUCGCGCAUCCAGAACACCUCCAAGGUUGCCGGACAGGUGCCCAAGUACAACUGGGCGUGGCCUGCUAUUGCGACUGUGAUGAAGGAGGAGGGUUUCGGUGCAUUGUAUAAGGGAUUUACCCCUAAGGUGCUGCGUCUAGGUCCUGGUGGUGGUAUUUUGUUGGUUGUGUUUACUGGUGUUAUGGACUUCUUCCGUAAGAUGCGGGGAGAGUAA